UCCACUGCUGCCGCUGUGGAAAUGUCUGGACUCCUCACUUGUUUUCACUGUUUGCACAUUUUUCAAGAUUCCACAAAAACAACCACUAAAACUCACUUUUAAAACUUCUACAACGCUCAGUUGUAUAUUAUUAUCCCAGUCUCAGCAAAUGUUUGCUAUAAAUCUGUUCACUCUGGAUGAGCUGGAAUUCCACACCCUCACCCCUCCUCCCACUCCCCUCCCCUUCUCUCCCCCAGUAUGUAAAAAGCUGCCGUCAGGAUAAUUGUGGGAUUUCCCUGAACAAGUGCAGGAGCAGGUGGAGGAGACAUCAGGUGCAUGUCCCGGUUGUUGUUGUGACUGUGGGCCGGUAGUGGGCGUUAGGGCCGUGGGAUGAUCCCAGUGGUGGAGGUGUGAGCUCCUUUGUCUUAUCUCUGGAGCUGGAGCUCCAUGGAUGUGCCUCAGGACACCGAGGAGUGAUGACUGUCUACCGCAGACAUUUGGACCUUUCUGUUCAUAAUUCACUCUGUCUGUCAUCACUCUGAUGACGAGGGGUCAGGUUUAAGGUGGAAGUCAAAGAUGGAGGAGUCAUGGAGUCAGGAGUUGGCUGAGUUGUGAACUCUUUCUUUUCUUUCCUCCACACUCUGCACCAUGAGGCUGUGGGGCAGGAAGUUUGGCCGCAGGAGGAUGCUCUGUGUCUGGCUGCUGCUGCUCGCGUUUAUGGUCGUGACACUGACGUUGUCGGAUCUUUUAUCCCGCAACCAGAGUCCCGGCCGACAGGUCUCUGGUCUCCCUGACCGCCCGCUGCAGCGGUCCUCAGGUUUGCCGCCGGACGUGGAGAUCUUUCUGGACUCCCAGGAUCCUGCCUUGGAGCUCGGCGUGGAUCUGUCCCCGCUGAAGUCUUUGCAAGAGGACGAACUUUUAUUUGUGCCGUCCACGCAGGACGCCAACAUGCCACCACACGAAAAGGGCAUUUACAAAGUGGUUCUGCCGGGGACCUACAAGGACGAGGGUGACGCUGUGUCCCCGAUGUCCAGUGAAAUGGACAAGGCGGCGAGUCUUCAAGAACCGGAUAAAGACCAGGAUCAGGCGGUACUGAUGAAGUACGGCUUCAAUGAAGUUCUCAGCGAGAGGAUCUCACUGCACCGCCGGCUGCCUGAGGCGCGACAUGCGGGGUGUUUGCAGCAGCACAGCAGGUCACUUCCAUCAGCCAGUAUUGUUGUGUGUUUUCAUGAUGAAGCCUGGUCCACGCUGCUGCGCACUGUACACAGCGUCCUCAGCACCGUCCCUGCACAGUACCUGCAGGAGGUCCUGCUGGUGGACGACCUGAGCCAGCACGGUCACCUGAAGGGUGUGCUAAGUGAGUAUGUGUCACAUCUGGACGGCGUGCGUCUCAUCCGCAGCACCAAGCGCCUGGGUGUCGGCGGGUGUCGGACCCUGGGUGCCACCAGGGCUGUAGGGGAGGUGCUGGUGUUCAUGGACUCUCACUGUGAAUGCCACAAAGGCUGGCUAGAACCACUGCUGGAGCGAGUGGUCCAGGACCGGACCAGAGUGGUGUCCCCAAUCAUUGAUGUAAUAGACUGGCAGAACUUACAGUACAAUGCCACCCAGUGGCCAGUUAGAGGAGUGUUUGACUGGAAACUCGACUUCAGCUGGGACUUUUCCAACUUUCCACUUCCUGACCAGGACCAGGACUUUGUUGCUGUGCAGCCUCUGAGAUCUCCAGUGUUAGGAGGCGAGGUUGUAGCCAUGGACAGACACUUCUUCCAUAGAUUGGGAGCCUACGACCCUGGGAUGCUGUUGUGGGGGGUGGAGCAAAUUGAGCUGUCAAUUAGGGUGUGGUCAUGUGGGGGCACCAUGGAGAUUGUUCCUUGUUCCCGCGUCGCCCACCUCAGGCGCCACCACCUGCCGUACCGCCUCCCAGACCAGGAGCUGCUUCAGAGAAACAAGAUCCGUGUUGCAGAAACCUGGAUGGAUGCCUACAGCAAGAUCUUCUACAGGAGGGACACGCUGGCUCAUUUCAUCAGGCAGUCAGAGAGACCAAAUAUCACAGAGCGUCUGCAACUGAAGAGGAGUCUCGGCUGCAGGAGCUUCCACUGGUAUCUGACCUCAGUGUAUCCACAGCUGUAUGUUCCCCAGGACAGAGCUGGACUUUCAGGAGAGCUGUACAAUAUCGGUACCGGUGGCUGUGCUGACCACGUUCCACAGCAGGGACAAAAGAGUCGGCCCAUGAACAUCGCCCCCUGCAGUGGGACGGGCAGUCAGCAUUAUGAUCUAAACUCUGAGGGUGAAGUACGAUGGGGUCCGACGGGGGCUUUCUGUCUGGAUGCCAAAGGAGAAAGUGUUGUUCUCUCUCCUUGUCCUACACACACGUCCACUGCCAGCACACUCCAGUGGAAGUUCAUAAAGCUGAACGGACAGCUCCUUCACCAACAGUCCCAGUUGUGUGUGGAGGCAGUAAAGGAAGGUGGACUGACCCAUAAGAGCCAAGGAGAGGUCAAAACAAACUCCAGGACUGACCUGUUCCUCCGCCCCUGCACAGUUAACCCCAGACAACAGUGGCACUUUGAGCAACUGGUGGCUCCACAAGGCGCCUAAGACAGAGAGCACAGGAGACAUCGUGAUCCUGUAGGCACAUACAAUAUAUAUAUAUUAUCAAAUUAAUUUUACUUUACGCACUAGUGGCUUUCAUCAUGUUCUUGGUAGAAGUGUUUAGAUCAUUUAUAAAAAAAAUAUGUUUUCCUAUUUCCUCUUCACCCCUUCAACAUUUGUUCCUGUUUUAAGGAUUGUAAAUAUAAUGAAAACACUUGCAUCGCUCAUUUUGAUUUGUAUCUAAUAACUUAAAGAAUGCAAAAAAGAAAAGUAUAAAUAAAGGCUUUUGUUUGUUAGCCUGUAUGUUUUUUCUUUUUUUGUACAUUGUUAUAUAUAUUUUUUAAUUUGUAAGUAUAUUCUCUUUUAACAUAAGGAGUUAACAUCCCAUAUAUUUAUAUAUGUAUUGUGUUGGUUUUAUUUUUUUUUUUAUUCCUGUCCAAUGUGGCAAAUUGUCAGUUGGAUGAGAAAACACACUCGAUUUACAAUUCUUUCUUUUAACAGUAGAGGGAGCUAUUUGUUUUCAUAAUUCAAAGCCCAGCCCGUCUAUGGCUCAGCUUACUUUGUAAAGUGCAUAAACAAUGUCCACUCUAUUUAUGUUAAACCCUUGCU